UACCUACCGUUUAGACGGAGUGAACGAGAAAAACCAAACCGAAACAAAACAAAACAAACCCUUUCUCUUGUACUUGUAGUAUAACAACACAACAACAUCAACGUUUGUCAAAAACAAACAACAACAUCGUACAUCUUAUUUUCAUCACCCAUGGCUUCUGCAAAACUCAACUCUCUCUCUUCCCAAUGGAUCGCUAACAAUCCUUUCUCUUCUCGCCGUGGUGGAUCUUCCUCCUCUCUCUCCUCCACUCGCAACGUCUCUCUUCCGAUCCGCGCUUCUUACUCCGAUGAACUUGUUCAAACCGCUAAAUCUGUUGCAUCUCGCGGUCGUGGAAUUCUUGCAAUUGAUGAAUCAAAUGCAACCGCUGGGAAGCGUUUGGCAUCAAUUGGAUUGGACAAUACUGAGGUUAAUCGCCAGGCUUACAGGCAACUUUUACUGACCACACCCGGUCUAGGUGAAUACAUCUCUGGUGCUAUUUUCUUUGAAGAAACCCUUUACCAAUCAACAACUGAUGGGAAGAAGUUUGUGGAUUGUCUCCGCGAGGAGAACAUUGUACCUGGCAUCAAAGUUGACAAGGGUUUGGUUCCCCUACCAGGGUCAAACAAUGAAUCAUGGUGUCAAGGUUUGGAUGGAUUGGCUUCUAGAUCUGCUGAAUACUACAAGCAAGGUGCUCGAUUUGCCAAGUGGCGUACAGUUGUCAGCAUUCCAAGUGGUCCUUCUGCCUUGGCUGUUAAGGAAGCGGCCUGGGGACUUGCACGAUAUGCUGCUAUCUCUCAGGACAACGGUCUUGUUCCAAUAGUUGAGCCUGAAAUUCUUCUUGAUGGGGACCACCCAAUUGAAAGGACACUGGAAGUUGCUGAGAAGGUAUGGUCCGAAGUCUUCUUUUAUUUGGCCCAGAACAAUGUCCUUUUUGAGGGAAUUUUGCUCAAGCCUAGCAUGGUUACACCUGGUGCUGAGCACAAAGAAAGGGCUUCUCCAGAAACCAUUGCCAAAUAUACACUAACCAUGCUUAACAGAAGAGUUCCUCCUGCAGUCCCCGGAAUCAUGUUUUUGUCAGGUGGACAAUCAGAAGUUGAAGCAACUCUAAAUCUUAAUGCUAUGAACCAAAGUCCCAACCCAUGGCAUGUGUCUUUCUCAUACGCACGAGCCCUGCAGAACACCGUGCUUAAGACAUGGCAAGGUCGCCCUGAGAAUGUUGAAGCAGCUCAAAAGUCUCUUUUGGUCCGUGCCAAAGCUAAUUCCUUGGCUCAGCUUGGAAGAUACUCUGCCGAGGGUGAAAAUGAAGAAGCCAAGAAGGAUAUGUUCGUCAAGGGCUAUACCUACUAGAAGUUUAGGCGUCUCUUGUGGCUUUUGGUUGAUUUGUUUUAUCUUUUUAUACAGCAUUUCUCAAUAUCAGUGAAUUUUAAGGAGACUUUUUGUUAUAUUUUUAUCUGAUUUUUCUAACUUCUAGCAAAGGAGUUUGAAUAAAGUGGGCUAGAAAAAAAAAGCCUUUUCUUGGUGUAAUAGAGGUUGGGAUACGUAAAAAUCAAAGGGAAUUCACAGAUUUUGCUCUGUCCUCCUUGUGUUGGGAGACUUAAUAUUGGCA